GCCUGCGCGCCGCAGGAGACGCAUGCGCAAAAGGUACAGGGCAGCCUGGGAGACCCAAAGGGGAAUUGAAGGAGACGGACGACGCGGCCGAGGGCACCUGGUCAGGGUCGCGGCUGCCGCCGUCAUGCCGGGGAUAGUGGAACUGCCCACUCUGGAAGAGCUGAAAGUGGAGGAGGUGAAGGUCAGCUCAGCUGUGCUUAAAGCUGCCGCCCAUCACUAUGGGGCUCAGUGUGAUAAGGCCAAUAAGGAAUUCAUGCUGUGCCGCUGGGAGGAGAAGGACCCCAGGCGCUGUCUGCAGGAGGGCAAGCUGGUCAACACCUGUGCGCUGGACUUCUUCAGGAAGAUAAAGCGUCACUGUGCAGAGCCUUUCACAGAGUACUGGACUUGCCUUGAUUAUUCCCACCUACAGCUGUUUCGUCGUUGCCGCAAACAGCAGGCAAAAUUUGACAAGUGUGUGCUGGACAAUCUGGGCUGGGUGCGCCCUGACCUUGGGGAGCUGUCCAAGGUCACCAAAGUGAAAACAGAGCGCCCUUUACCAGAGAACCCUUAUCACUCAAGAGCGAGGCCGGAGCCCAACCCUGUGAUAGAAGAGGAUCUGAAGCCUGCCAAACACGGCAGCCGGUUUUUUUUCUGGGCCACUUAAGAUGGAUCCACGGCCCACAGCCUACACGUGCCCAGAUGACAGCUGAUGAAAAUACCCAUGCUGCUCGCAUGUUCUUUCCUGGAUCAUGGACGUUAACAAAAAAGUUAAUUUAUGUGACUUGGCAGUUAUUCUAUACAUUUCCUGUCCAUUAAAUUUUUAAAGGAAA